GAGAAACUGUACCAACCGAAAUCAUGGACUCGGAGCCAGAGGCGCAGCCGCGAAUGCACCUGCUGCACGUAUUUUAGUGCGAAGCGGUUAUAUGUCAUAUAAAAGAAAAAAACAUUUUUACGUCGGGAGGGAAUUCCACGAAUGUUCCUACCGGGCUCCGGCAUCUCCGUUUCCUUGCGAGAGAUCCGCCGCCGGUGGUACCCGGCGACGCGCACCGUCCGUCGGCGCUGUCGUUCGCUCUGAUGCCGGGAGGCACAGCAAACGCUCCAGCCGCGCAUUUGGUGUCGAGCACAAGAAGAAGAACAGGCUGAGGCUGCUGUACGCGUUCCCGCGAAAUGUCCCGGCGUUUAUCCGCGGCGCCGUCGUGUGCUGUGUGUCGAAUCGGCGGCUCUUUUUCCUUCUGAGAGGAGGAGGGGGUCGAGUGGCGUUUUGUUCAUCGUGGUUGAAUCACUUCCCCGUGUUCAUUAAUUAUUUUUCCCCGCCGGUCUGCUGGUCUGCGAAUAAUAAACUGCACAGAAAACGAGAAUCGUGUCGUAACGUAAGUGCUACUUGUGCGCAUCCUGCUCAGAAAUCCGUGCGCUGACCUUCACGUAAAUCAGCGAAACAUCUGGGUUUUUUUUUUUUUCAAGCCUAUUUUUAAAGCAGCCCUUGCUUUUCAUCACAGGCGCGUUGGGCGAGAUCCGAAGGGGGGAGAUACUCAGAUAGGGGGAGAUAAAGAGGAGAUUGACACGCGGCACUGGGGGGGGGGAAACUGGGAGGAAAAUGCUGCCCUCGCAAGAAGCCUCCAAGAUCUACCAUGACAACUACAUGCGGAACUCCAGGGCCAUCGGCGUGCUGUGGGCCAUUUUCACCAUCUGCUUCGCCAUCAUCAACGUGGUGGUGUUCAUCCAGCCCUACUGGAUCGGGGACAGCGUGAACACCCCGCACUCCGGGUACUUCGGCUUGUUCCACUACUGCGUGGGCACCGGCAGCUCGACCCGGGAGCUCACCUGCCAGGGCACCUUCUCCGACUUCAGCUCCAUCCCGUCGGGCGCCUUCAAAGCAGCCGCGUUCUUCGUGCUGCUCUCCAUGGUGCUGAUCCUGGGCUGCAUCGCCUGCUUCGCGCUCUUCUUCUUCUGCAACACGGCCACCGUGUACAAGACGUGCGCAUGGAUGCAGCUGCUGUGCGCUGUGUGCCUUGUCCUGGGCUGCAUGAUCUUCCCGAACGGCUGGGAUGCAGAGGUGGUGCUGGACAUGUGCGGGGAGGAGACAGGAAAGUACACCCUGGGCAACUGCUCCGUGCGCUGGGCCUACAUCCUGGCCAUUAUUGGCAUCCUGGACGCGCUCAUCCUCUCCUUCCUAGCCUUUGUACUCGGAAACCGGCAAAACGACUUCCUGCAGGACGAAAUCAAGGCCGACAACAAAGAUUUUGCCGUGUCCAGGAUUGAAAUCCGGGACAACAAAGAUCCAAGGUUUGGAAUCCAGCGGUUCCACUGAGCAGCAGACCCCUGUCUCUGGCACCUCCCCUCUUGCUCCUCUGCCUUCCUCUCCUGUGCUCUUCUCCCAUCCCCUUCCACCCUCUUCAGGUCAAACACCCAACCUCAGCCUGCAGACCUGUAUACAGCCGUUUGUAAUAUAACACUGGAAUGGAGUAUGUAAAAAGGAAAAAAAAAAAAAGAGGAAAUAUUCUACAGAAAUACAUUAUAUGAUGAACAAAUUUGUACAGAUUUUAAGAAAAUACACUGCAGCUUUACAGGAAUCAGAAACUCUUGGAAAAUAAGACGUUAAUACGUUUCUACUUAUGAUAAUGGAAAUAAUUAUAAACUGUACAGCCACAGUAUUGCGUUCUGUAUCCUUAUUUUAUUCUACCUGAAACCCAAAUAUUAAAAAAAGAUGAGGCAUACAGCUAUAAUUGCGAUCGCUAUACGAAAACUUGUUCGGCACUUCAGAAACACGUAGUCGGUACAGACCAGUAAGAAUUUGACAUAGCACACCGUCGUUUUGGAGACUGUUUUCAAAGGACAGACUUUAAUGUUUUCUAUUUGUAAAUGCAUUUUGCUCACUAAGGGAAAAAAAAAAAAAAUGUAAAUAUUGUAUCUCUGAGGAAACAGGGUAACUACUAUACUCAUUCACUGGCUUGCCCAAGGACCCCGUCAUCUUUCAGCGGCAUGCGCCCACCUCACUUAGAUCGUGGCCCAGUUUUCCGAGUGAUUUUUGACUCGUUUUGUCUGAUCUAUCAACUCCUGCUUCAAAAAGAAGUAAAGACGCGAGAAAAGUUCAGCACAGCCGAGAGUCCCGUGGCUUGGGGCUGUACGCCAUCCCGCCGAAAAACCUCUCGGCCGAUCGGUUUCGUUCAACGCCGAUUUCUCACGUUUCGUUCCGUCUCGUCUUUUGGUCCUUAACCGGAGAAGUAACAUGAGGACAUUUUCUGUUCUUGUGACACCGGCCCUCUUACGUUAGACUCAUUCAUUCGGUCCCGGUCCUAAUCCCGGCGAAAGAAAGCCCUGCAUGCUGCAUCCUACUCAGGCCGCGAGGAAAAGGGGUCGCCCUUCCGCGUUCGGAGUUAAGAGCAACCGAGUCUGUUUCAGCGCUGGCCCAAACAGGCUGUCUCACACCGUCACACACUGCGCUGUCCAGAUCUGUAGUAUAGCGUGCCGUUUCCAUAGCUUUGUAGCUUUGCUAGUCAUUCUUUCCAGAAU